CUCCCCUUGGGCUCUGCGCAAACCCGGAAGAACGGGUGGACAGAACCGGUGUCUUCGAGAACCGGAGCAGCGGGGACCGGACGGCUGGGAAGCACACAGGGGAGGAGAUCCGGGGGCACCAUUCUGAGAAAGUGCUGACGGUUCCUUGUGGCUCCUGGCAUGAGAGUCCCCCUCUGCCUGCUGUCUCCUGGGCUUCCCCCACCUCUCUGCUGGGCCCUGGCUGGACUCUGCACCCCCAACAGCCGUCAGCAUUCUUUGCAACCCUGAGAGUUUGUAUAGCGUGAAGGAGGAGGAGUUCAAAAGACCUGGGUUCAAAUUCUUCUUCAGACACUUACCAGCCGUGUUAUUCCUGGGAGCCGGGGAUGGCAGAUGACUCCAGGAAGAUGGUAGAUGGCCUCCAGGAGUGGAUCGGCAGUGCCUACCUGUUUGUGGAAUCGUCGAUGGAGAAAGUAAUUCUGCCUAAUCUAUACCAAGAUCCUCAGCAGAAGCCGGCAAUAUUUCGGGUCCUUAAAUUGGCACUGGCAGCCUGUAGCCUGAUCCACUGCACCUCCCCGGCUCCCCACUCCCCACCCCCCACCCCAGGAUGCACCGGGAGCCAGGAUGGAGUACAGAUCCUGAAGAUUCACUGCAGCAACCCGCAGCUGAUCGUGCACAUGAAGUUCUGCGGGCUGGAGCCGUGCACCCGCUUCCUACGGAGCUACCGCGAGGGGGCUCUGCGGGCCGCCCUGCAGGAAAGCCUGGUGGCGUUGCUCGGCCAUGCCCAGCACCUGGUGCCGCUGCACCUGGAGCUGCGCGUGGGCUCGGAGCGGCUGGAUUUGAUGCUGCAGGAGGAGGAGCGCUGUUUACGCUGCAUCCAGCAGGCCAAGCCGGAUCGGCUUCGAGAUGAGGAGAUCGGCAAACUGGAGGAUGCUUUCCGGAGCCUGACCUGCGAUCCGGGGGGCGGUGGAGCCCCUAAAGCCUCUGCUCCCAAGGCGCCAGCCUACUCGCCUCCUCCGCCCGCGCCCGCACAGACCUUUGUGUUCCAGGGUCAGCAGAUUGCUAACCGUCCGCUGAGCCUGGAGGAUAGACAGAAGUUCGCCCGCUCUGUGGGCCGCAAGUGGCGGACGGUGGGCCGGGCGCUGAACUGCCGGGCCCUUCGGGAGCAAGACCUGGACUGCUUGGCCUACGAGUACGACCGGGAUGGGCUUUACGAGCAGGCCUUCCAGAUGCUGCACCGCUUUGUGCUGGCCGAGGGCCGCCGGGCCACCCUGCAGCGCCUCGUCGAGGCUCUGGACAAGAGUAGUCUCACCAGCCUGGCUGAGGACCUGCUGGGGCUGCCGGGGCAACGGGAGUACCAGGAACAGGAAGAGAAACAGGAUUAGGCGGCUGAGGUGGCCGCCAAAGGCACUACCGGCCCCCCCUAACUUGAGCCAGCACGAUCCAGACCUGUUGGACUAAGGGUGGGAUGCCUGAUUUGUCCAGAGCCGGGGCAGGGGCCCAGACCUACUCCAGGUACUUCGAAGACUGUACUGAGACAGCUGGAGGAGGGCUGAAGGACUGGGCCCCUGGUCCUCUCCCAUCCUUUGAUGUCUCUCUCAAACACAGAUGGGCCCUUACCCUGAAUUAGGCCCUAAUACCCUGAAUUAGGCCAUAGCUAUCCAUUGUCUCACCUAGAGGCCAAAGCACUUUGAAGAUGUCUCACGCCCCAGCUCCUUGUAUCCCAGAGAUACAGCUAGAACAUAGCUGAACAUCAUAGAUUAAUUAGUAAAAGGCCCUGUGGCUUUGAUGUGACAACUGAGUGUCUGGGUCAAGGCAGGGAGUUGCAUUGGGAAAGAGAAGGGGGUGUGUGUGGGAGGGUUUAAUAAUAUUUAUAAGGCUAUUAAAACUUAAAAUUGCCCUAAGA